AGGAAAAGAAAUUUAAAAGAUUAAGAGUCAGAGAAGCAAUCUUCACACACAGGGCAAGCCAGCAGACAGAACAAUCCCAUCCAGGAAGGUAUCCUGUGAACUGUGCCCAUAAGAUGCCAAAAGAAGAUGCUUACUUCAUUCUUGGCUACCCCAAGAAGGGGCACAACCACUCCUACAUCACAACUGAAGAGGCUGCAGGGAUUGGAAUCCUGACCGUAGUCCUGGGAAUUUUGCUGCUCAUUGGCUGCUGGUAUUGUAGAAGACGAAGUGGAUACAGAAGCUUGAGGGACAAAAGCAUUCACACUGGCACUCGAAGUACCUUAACAAGGAGAUGUCCACGUGAGGGGUUUGGUCACCAGGAUAGCAAGCUGCCUUUUCGAGAGAAUAAUUGUGAACCUGUGGUUCCCAAUGCUCCACCUGCCUACGAGAAACUCUCUGCAGAACAGUCACCACCACCUUAUUCCCCGUGAGAAUGCUGAGAGGUGCUGAAAUGAUUUCCCUUACAAUUUUGCUGGAAUUUAAUAUGGACAUCUAAUAUUCUGCUUUGGAAUGCUGUAGAAACAGUGUAAAUCAUCCCUAAUAAUAAGCUUAGUAUUAAAUUGUUAGUAGAGCAACUAGUAAUACUAAUUAGGGAAAUUAUGAGAAAUAUUAAAAUGGAAAAAACUUUGUUAAUAAACACUAUAAUGAUACUAUUUGUAUAAUUUUCUGAGACAGAAUUCAAGUGUGUAUUC